CGGAAGUUCCCGAUCACUACGGCCAUACUCCCGAUGUCCGCAUUCAUGCGUUCACUGGUACGGGCGCGUAUCGUGCGUCCAUUGAGGGGUGCAAGGCCAUUUUUGGUUCGAGGAAUUGUCUCUACGCCAUCGGGAUUAGCAUCGGCCAGCCCGUUUAGUGAGCCUGUGGGCUUAGACGGGAAAGAGAAGUACGAAGCACUAGCUGCCCCCCUGCAUGAAUAUGGAUCAUAUCUUCUGCAAAUCAUGCCCAAAUACAUCCAACAGUUCAGUGUUCUUCAGGACGAGCUCACGCUUUACAUCGGGCCAAAUGCUGUUGUACCUGUUCUCUCAUUCCUCCGUGACCACUCCCAAUGCCAGUUUUCCUCUGUGAUGGAUAUUUCUGGUGCCGAUUAUCCCACUCGGAGUAAACGGUUCGAGGUGGUGUACCAUCUCCUUAGCAUUCGCUUUGGUUCCCGUAUUCGUGUCAAGACGUACGCGGACGAAGUCUCACCUGUGCAGAGCGCAACUAGUGUCUAUAGAGGCGCUGAUUGGUAUGAGCGCGAAGUUUGGGAUUUAUUUGGCGUUUAUUUCGAGGGACAUCCCGAUCUACGGAGGAUUCUAACUGAUUACGGUUUCGAGGGGCAUCCCCUGCGGAAGGACUUUCCCUUGACGGGUUACACUGAGGUUCGCUAUGAUGAGGAAAAAAAGCGGGUCACAUACGAGCCGCUGCAGCUUGCGCAGGCAUUCCGCAAUUUCGAGGCCAGCAGUCCGUGGGAAAUGAUUGGGGAAGGCAAGAACGCUCGACCCGAGGCUUUCAAAGUCCCUCUUCCAAACCCAUCGGAACCAGAGAAGAAAUAA